GCCCGCGCGCUGACUCUGCCCGCCCCCAGCCAGCAUGUUCGCCGUGGGCUGCAGCAUGGGCCCCUUCCUGCACUUCUGGUACCUGUGGCUGGACCGCCUGGUCCCCGCCGCGGGCCUGCGGAGCCUCCCGAGCGUGGUGAAGAAGGUGCUGGUGGAUCAGGUGGUGGCGUCUCCCAUCCUGGGCGUCUGGUACUUCCUGGGCCUUGGCAGCCUGGAGGGCCAGACGCUGGAGGAGAGCUGCCGGGAGCUGCGGGCCAAGUUCUGGGACUUCUACAAGGCCGACUGGUGCGUCUGGCCAGCGGCUCAGCUGGUGAACUUCCUGUUCAUCCCGUCACAUUUCCGAGUCACCUACAUCAACGGGCUGACCCUGGGCUGGGACACGUACCUCUCCUACCUGAAGUACUGGGCCCCUGAACCCCUUCCGACCCCCGGCUGCACGGACUGAGCAGGAAGCCCCGUGGAGGAGUAGGUGGGCGGACGCACUCCCGAUGGAGGCUCCGGGCCAGGUCCGAGCCCUGGGCUGGACCAGCCGCCCCGUCGGAGUCCAUGUGCAGAGGCCCCGCGGGAUCGGGAUCAGCACCAGCCGGCAGUCCCCUGUCGGCCUGCAGUGUGACUCGGGCUCCAUUGCGGCCCAGGCAGCCCCCCCCCAGGUCCCCUGGACCCCAGGUGACAGAGACAGAUGUGCCCUACAGCCCUGGAAUGGGGUCUGGUUUGGCCUCAGAAAACUUCGUGCGAGGGUGGGCAGCCGUGUGGAAAUGUCAUUAAACUAAAUCCUCUUGAA